GACACAUUCAAAUCAUAUACAAUCUCUAAACAAUAACAAAACUCUUCUUGUGGUUGUGGUUGUGUCUGGCAGAGAUGAAGCAAAAGAUAGUUAUAAAGGUGCAAGUGAGAUGUGACAAAUGCAGGUCCAAGGCCAUGGAGACAGCCGCCGUCGCAGAUGGUGUAAUCUCGGUGGCAUUAGAAGGGGAAAACAAAGACAAAGUUGUGGUGAUCGGAGAAGGAGUUGAUGCAGCAGACUUGGCAAGUGAAUUGAAGAAGAAGCUUGGCCAUGCGAGCUUAGAAAUAGUGGAAGAAGUGAAGGAGAAAAAGGACAACCAAAAUGAGAACAAAGAUACGACUUCACCCGCAUCAUAUUCAUAUGCUUAUCAACCUCAGUAUGAAUUAUAUAGAGUUGCUUAUGAUCCUCAGCCAAGCCCCUGCACCAUCAUGUAAACCCAACUUCAAUAUUAACGCUUCCCUUCUUCUCGUCCUUACUAUUUUCAGACAAACAAUAACCACAUAUAUAUAUAUAUAUAUGAUUCGUUUCGCUUCUCAUCUGUAAUGGCUUGGCCUUUUUAUGGCAGAUAUAUAUAUUGGUGAACAAACUCAUUUCUUCUAUAUUUUUAAUUAAGGGAAA